UGCAUAUGAUGCCAGAAACUAUGGUGACAGUGAAUAUUCUGAAGAUUUUAACUACCCUAUAAGCGUCGAUGAUCUGUUUCAUUUUUUGAAUAUUAUAAAAGCUAAUAAAGCUGUAUUAAUAGGACAUAGUAUGGGUGCCUACACUGCAUUUUUCGCAGCUUUUCGGAAGCCAGAGAGAGUAGCGAUGAUAAUAUCCGAAGACACGUAUGUAAAAUCAAGUUCUCACGAGCAUAUAAUCCAUUGCAGAGAUUACUUACGAGAACUAUCAAAUUCAUUUUUAAAGAUUCCGAGCUAUAUGGAUGAAGAGGAGGCGCACAAGAAAAUUGCUCAUGAUAUGUUCGCAGAAUUAUCCGAAGAAAUUAAAAAAAAGACUCCUGAAGAUUUAUUACACAAACAACUUUUUCCAUUCAAAAGAGAUGCUGAUGGGCGAUACACGGCUAAUUUUAAUGAGAAGUCACUCUAUCGAAUCUAUAGUGAUCCUGCCAGUUUUCUUCUAGACACUGUUGGCUCAUAUGAAGGACCUGCUGUAUUUUUAGUUGGAACUAAAUCUUACAUGAAUCUCACCACUCCUGUUAACUUAGCUUAUGACUUGUAUGAAUCCACUGAAGGCAGUAACCCUAACUUAACACCUAUAGUUCUUCUUCACGGGCUCGCAUCGGACAGAAAAACAUGGAAACAUUUUGCACCAAUUAUUGCCAAAAAAACAAAGAGAAAAGUCUAUGCAUAUGAUGCCAGAAACUAUGGUGACAGUGAAUAUACUGAUGAUUUUAGCUCCUCCUUAAACGUCGAUGAUCUGUUUCAUUUUAUGAAUAUUAUAAAAGCUAAUAAAGCUGUAUUAUUUGGACAUAGUAUGGGUGGAUAUACUGCAGUUAACGCAGCACUUCGGAAGCCAGAGAGAGUAGCAAUGAUAAUAUCCGAAGACACGUAUGUAAAAUCAGCUUCUCACGAACUUGUAAUCCAUUGCAGAGAUUACUUACGAGAAAUAUCAAAUUCAUUUUUAAAGAUUCCGAGCUAUAUGGCUGAAGAGGAGGCGAAGAGGAAAAUUAUUGAUGACAUGUUCGCAGAAUUAUCCGAAGAAAAUGAAGAGUGUACUCCUAAAGAUAUAUUAUACAAGCUACAUUCUCCAUUCAAAAGAGAUGCUGAUGGGCGAUACACGGCUAAUUUUAAUGAGAAGUCACUCUAUCGAAUCUAUAGUGAUCCUGCAAGUGUGCUUCUGGACCCUGUUGGCUUAUACGAUGGACCUGCAGUAUUUUUUAUUGGAACUAAAUCUCCCAUGAAUUUGAGGAGCCACAUGCCUCACAUUAGAGGACAUUUUCCAAAUGUUGAAUUCAUUGAAUUCGAAGGAGGUUACCACAAUCUCCAUGCACAGUUCAGAGAAGAAACGGCUGAUACAGUUGUGCAAGUUUUGAAUAAAUAUAAUAUCUCAUGACUUAUUAUGAUUGUUACAAUAAAUAAAGUAAUAUUUGCGUGUUA